AUGGCAUUUUUAGUAGCAUCCAAAAGCUUCAUCCUAAGGCUCAAGAUACACUGCUCAGGCUGCGAAAGAAAGGUGAAGAGACUCUUGUUAAGAGCUCCGGGAGUCCGUUCCGUAGACAUAGAUCCAAAGGAAGGAACGGUGGCGAUCUCAGCCACCGUUGAGCCUUCCGAAAUCAUGAUGUUACUUGACAAGGCAUUAAGCCUCAAGGCCGAGCUUUUGUGGGAGCAGCAAACCCCUUCUUCUUCUUCUUCUUCAAUAAGGGAUAUUGGCCAGAAGAAUAAUGAUUUACAAAUUGUUCCAAAACCAUCAAGGAGAAUGGUUGAUGAUGAUCUGCGGUUCAGUCAUGAUACCGAUCCCGAUGUCGUUUCCCAAUUGCAACAGAUCUCUAAGAUCAAAGGGUUGAAAUCGGUUGAGGUUUGUUAUUCCAAGAACGAGGUUUCCCGUUCCAAGGCUAUCAAGUUGACUUUCAAAGGUCAAAAUGAUGAUUUCGCCGACAAAGAUCAUGUGGAACUUAUUAUUAAGGAUGAGGUUCAAAAUCCUAGGAGCCGGCCGGGCGGCGGCGGCGGGAUUUGUGAUGCAUCUUCUUCGUGUUGCGGUGGUCACCAUCAUCAUCACCGUGGUGUUUGCGGUUGCGGGGGGAAUGGUCCUGCUCCCGGUUAUCCUAUUAGUUCGAAUAAUAAUGGGAAUUUGUACUGGCCGCCACCUUUGCCUACUGGCGGUGGUUAUAGUCCAUCUGCCCCUCCGAUUGGGACCGCCACUUAUUAUUACGAUUAUGAUGCCCGACCUCCGCCACCACCUCCUCCUCCGGCGACUGAUUAUUCGUUUUUUAACAGAUUCAGUGAUGAAAAUACUUCGGGCAGCUGCAUAGUCAUUCCGAUUCAAAUUGCAACCAUUAACAACGAUGAGUUUAACGUUCGAAUGGACGCUCUGUUGGAUAAAUUACAGGCUGGGUCUUGGUUGACUCUGGAGAGCGUCGCUCAACUCCGAAAGAAAUUUGAUGCCAUAGAUGCAAAGUAUCAUCCAGCUAUGAAAACGUUACCGAAGCCUCAAGAUCCCGACAGUGAGCAAGAACCUUUUGAAGUAAAGACGGCGGUUGCUUGUGUUCGUGAAUCAGAAGAAAUUCUCAGUCCAGAAAUAGCAUCGGAAUUCAAAGAAACUGGUGCUGUAAUUAACGAGCGAGGUAAAUUCCCUGAUGAGUUUUCACAUUUUGUUGCUAAUGAGAUAACACUGGUGGAUUUGGAUACUAAUUCUAUGAUUUCCCAUGAGAUUCAUGAUACUCAUGUUGAGAUGUUGAGUUUAGUUGAUGCCACUAGUAUUAAUUUGAGUCCCAGUUAUGCAUAUGAUGUGGUUAGUUAUGUUGUGGGGAACAACUGUGUCGCUAAUGCGAUUUAUGAUGAUUUGAUGCAUAUUGGUGAAUUAAAUAGUGUUAUGAAUGAAUUGGUGCUUAAUCUGUUUGAAAAUCUCUGUUUGGGGAAGUCCUGGGUUAAAGGAGUAACUUGCUUUAGAGGGGGCACUGAAGUUUGUUUGAAUUUGACUGUUGAUAGCAUGGGAGUGAACUAUAGCACUGGCCUUCGGUUGAACGUGUUAGAUGAGAACUCUGUUGACGUUGGUAAAUCAUCUCCUAUGCCUGUGAACAAAAUGCGACGUAAAGCCUGGGUUGAGAAUGUAACUGGUUUUAGGGGAGGAACAAUGUUGUUGGAAACAGAGAAAUGGAUGCAAAUAUCUACCUAUUUCAGUGGAGAUAUCCUAAGGUUCGAAGGUCAUAUGAAGCAAUUCAUGCCACUGGAAAGGUCAAGCUUCAUUUGGAUAAUUGCUUGGAGGGAAAUGGUGACUGUUGAGACUCAAAUUGAAUAA